GAGAGCACCCCUAAGUCCUUGUCUGCUCGAGAUCUAGAUACAUGGAGGAGACUGCACAAAUCUUUGAAAAAUUGCCCAUCAUCAACUUUUCUCUCAUCCACCGUGAUUCUGUCAUCCACCGUGAUUCUGUCAUCAAGCAAAUCCAUGAAGCUUGUCAAAACUUUGGUUUCUUUCAUGUUAUCAAUCAUGGGAUCCCCGAUUCAGUGCUUGAAGAAGCUUUGAAUGUGAAUUCAAUGUUCUUUGACAUGCCAAUGGCGAUGAAGAAGGAGCUUCUGUCCGAUGAUGUACAGAAGCCAGCAAGAUUUAGUAAAAUACGAGUUGGCUGCCAUGAAGAUAGGAUGCUUUCGAGGGACUUCCUUAAGCUUUAUGCACAUCCUCUUCAUCAUUUUCUCAACUUAUGGCCUUCAAAUCCUCUCAAUUAUAGGGAAAAAAUGGGAAGGUAUGCUACAGAAGUCAGGAAAUUAGGCAUUGAGCUAUUUGGUGCCAUCAUGGAGAGCUUAAACUUAAGCCCAACACACUUAAAACAAAAUUUUGAGCACGGCGCGCAACUUAUCGGCGUAAAUUCCUAUCCUUCGGGAUCCGACGUAAAAGCAGGCACAUCCGCGCACACGGAUCACAGCAUUAUCACCAUUCUUCUUCAAAGUUCCCCUGGCCUCCAUAUUUUGGACAGGUCGGAUGGCGCAUGGAAGAGCGUUGGCAAGAUCGAAGGGGCAUUAGAAGUCUUCGUGGGAGAUCAUUUGGAGGUAAUAAGCAAUGGUUUGUACAAAAGUGUAUUGCAUCGAGUCCUUCCAAGUUCGAAUAAUGGUUCUAGGUUGUCUAUAGCUGACUUUCAUAGCCUCGGAAUGGAUGACAUAGUCGAGCCUGCUACAGAACUAGUCAAUGAAGAACAUCCAAAGAGGUAUAAGGGGAGCAGCUUGAGAGACUUUCUCGAGCAUCUUUCAUCCAAAGACACGACACCCUUUAUUCAGACGAUCAAAAUAUAAAACGACUUUUUAUAGUUGAUGAGUAUAUGUGUAGUUCUAGCAAUGUAUCAAACGAGUAGGGCAAAAAGAAUUAACGAGGUCGACUAAAUUUACUUUGAAUUGCACUUAAUUUAUCAGUGUUGUAAUAAGAAGUUAAAUGAAACGAUUGAUGUUACCCUUAUACAUGCUUCAAGUUGAACUUAA